AUAAUAAAAAACGUAACUGUCCUCAAUAUAAUGAAAAAUUAGACACAUUGGCCACUUUACAAGCAGAGUUUGCUACUGAAAAUAUUCAAAAUGAUAAUCCAACACACUCAAAACCCUUGUAA